AAAUAAGAAACCUGUCAAUUACUCACAGAUGGAGGACUCCAACAGUGAUGAUGAUUUUAUGCCGACUUCUGUACCAUUAAACAAGAAAUCCCGAACAAGAUUAAAGGAGCCCACACAAGAGAGCCCGAAAGCUAAGUUGAAGAAUCUCCAGAAAGAAAGCAUCCCACUGCAAGAGAAAACCCCUAAGAAAAGGGUGCCUUUGGAUGACAAGAUCUUCCAGAGAGGCCUGGAAGCUGCUCUGGCAUUGUCAGCGAAGCAACGUCCAACAGUCAACGGUGAUGUGCCGGCAUCCAGUGGUCAAAGUGUUGGAAAACAUGGCGGCAGCGAAGCAGGAACGACGCGUGAGUCUCCUAUCGUCUCUGGUUGCCCCGUAGCCUGUGACUCUUCAGACCUGGCCAGGACCGCGGGGGAGGGUGAUGGCGAUGCACCCGGCGUCCGAGGGAAGAGAAGAGCAGCGUGCACAGCUGCGGCUCAGCAGAGGAAGGUUCUCGAGGAAGACAGCAGCGGCGACAGCCCCGAGGCCUCCUCCGGCUCAGACGGCCCCGCUGGAGAAGAGGGGGAGGAUUCUGAUUUCAGUGAGAGCGAAGACACCGACGAGGACUUCACUGUGACCAAAAGUAAAGUCAAGGCAAUGAAAAUGGAAGAAAUGAAGGUGAAACCCCCACCAGAGAAGAAAGAGAAGAAAACAAAACCCAAAUGCAGUCCGUUGGGGACUUCAGUGGCCUCGUCUCCAGCUGCUGUCAAAUUGGAAUCGCAGCCCUCACCCAGCAAGGCUGUGCUUUCUUCCAAGGCUCCUAGAACACCAGCACAAAGACGCAGCCCUCCAGCCGAAAGGAAGAGACCCACGUGGGUCCCCCCAGCCCCGUCUGGAAACAGCAGCAUCCGGGUGACUGGAGGCUCUGCUCCACCCCCUAGUCACAGUCUCCGCCUUGGCCUGUCCCGAUUGGCCCGCGUGAAGCCUUUGCACCCCAGCGCCGCCAGCAGCCACCCGUGGUAGCAGCCAGACGGCCGCCCGCCCGCAGUUCUUGAAUGUACUUGCAUUUGGUGCGUGUUUAUAGUUGAAGAUGGAUGGUAGCCAGGAAUCCCGCCAUGCCUCGAAAACAGUGUCCCCCGUGAGUCUGUGAGUGGCACCUGUUUUCUCCACCAGGAGGGGGUUUUCUUAGGCGAAGCGCUCAGCAGGGCCUUCCCAGUCUGCGCGGUUCAUCUCCAGGAGCUAUUCCUGACAUCAGUAGGGGUGCUCCGAAGCUCCCCUACCAGUUUUCCCUCAAGGGUCUUUUGUACUUGAGCCAAAUCUUCCCCUAGGGAGAAUUCCGAAUGCUGAAAAUGACAUCGAAAUGUCUAGAGCGCGCAGAAUGGAGAGGGCCCGGUUUAGGAACUCUUCACUGUCAAAACCGUGAAUAAAUGUGGGAAAGUUC